AUGUCACUUUCUGAAGAACAUCGCUGCGUUUUAGAGCGGUUUCAAAAGGACAUUGAAGAAAAUAACCCUGGAGAUAUACUUCAGUUUGCGGCCAACUAUUUUAACAGAAAGCUUCAGGAGCAAAGAGAGUUUGUGAAGAAAUUGGAAUCUUUAGCUCUAAACAAAGGUAUUACUUUAUUUCCAAAUAAUAUGGAGGAAGACGAACAUUCAGGCGCGGCUAAAUCAGUCACAUACGACAGUAGCACGAAUGUUGCGGAUGAGGAAGUUGUUUUUAAGUCACCUUUUAUCGAUCAUGAUCCUCAUUCGAUGCAUUUAUGUGACACAGGGGAUGUUUCAUCGCAGCCUUCUAGUGGGGCUCGCCUAAGUUCCAAUACUAGUGAUAGCGGAUUAUUUAGAGCUAAUUUUAGCGUUAGACAAGAGUCCAGCUCAUCUGCGCAACAUCCUUUAGAUCCAAAAGAAAGUUCAUACGGUGAACCAUCUAGGAAAUCCGUGGCAACCCCUGAGCCCCUUCCUGUAAACUUUAAUGCGGAAAGGCGUACAUCGGUGAGUGCGGAGACAUUAAAACCCGCCAACUUUAAUGACUGGAAAUUAGAUUCAUACACGGAGAAGACUCGUGAACAGCUGGAAGGACUUGCCGAAGCUGUGGGAAGCAACUUUUUAUUCAAGAAUCUUGACCCAGAUUCGAAGUUGUUAAUUAUUAAUUCUCUAAAAGAAAAAUUCGUUAAAUCAGGGGAGGAAAUAAUCCGCCAGGGCGAUGAGGGUUACUACUUUUAUGUUGUUGAAAAAGGUACUGUUGUGUUUUAUAUAGAUGAAAAAAGAGUCAGCACUUCGGGACCAGGCUCAAGUUUUGGCGAGCUUGCAUUAAUGUACAAUAGUCCUAGGGCAGCAACUGUUGUUGCCAGUACGGAUUGUAAAUUAUGGGCUUUGGAUAGACUAACAUUUAGAAGGAUUCUUUUAAGCAGGUCUUUUAAGAAGAGGUUGCUGUACGAUGAAUUUUUGAAGUCUAUGCCUUUAUUACAGUCAUUAACAACUUACGACCGUGCCAAAUUAGCAGACGCAUUAGAUACCGAGCACUAUGAAGCUGGAGAUAAGAUCAUUUGCGAAGGAGACAGUGGAGAAAACUUUUACUUGAUAGAAUAUGGUGAAGUGGAUGUGAUUAAGGAAGGUAAAGGAGUUAUUGCUCACCUAACAAAAGGCGACUACUUUGGUGAGGUUGCUCUAUUGAAUGACUUGUCUCGUCAAGCAACAGUGGUAGCAACCACAUCAACAAAGGUCGCUACUCUAGGUAAAAGUGGAUUUCAAAGGCUUCUUGGUCCAGCCGUGGAAAUGUUAAAAGUUAACGACCCAACACGUUCUGAGUCGAAAUAA